GCGGCGCGCGGAGGGAUCCGUGGGCUCCGCAGUGCGGCGGCGCGCGGCCCGGGCGGGGCGGGGCCGGGCGAGGCGGGGCGCGCGCGGCGGCCGUUGAGGGACCGUUGGGGCGGGCGGCGGCGGCGGCGGCGCGCGCUGCGGGCAGUGAGUCUGGAGGCGCGGACGCGCGGCGGAGCUCGAGCUGCUGCAGCUGCUGCCGCCGCCGGAGGAACCUUGAUCCCCGCGCUCCGGACACCCCUAACCUCGCCAUGGCUGACCAGCUGACCGAGGAGCAGAUAGCAGAGUUCAAGGAGGCCUUCUCCCUCUUCGACAAGGAUGGGGACGGCACCAUCACCACCAAGGAGCUGGGCACGGUGAUGCGGUCGCUGGGCCAGAACCCCACCGAGGCAGAGCUGCAGGACAUGAUCAAUGAGGUGGACGCGGACGGCAACGGCACCAUCGACUUCCCCGAGUUCCUGACCAUGAUGGCCAGGAAGAUGAAGGACACGGACAGCGAGGAGGAGAUCCGAGAGGCCUUCCGCGUCUUCGACAAGGAUGGUAACGGGUACAUCAGUGCCGCCGAGCUGCGUCACGUGAUGACGAACCUCGGGGAGAAGCUGACGGAUGAGGAGGUGGACGAGAUGAUCCGGGAGGCUGACAUCGAUGGCGACGGGCAGGUCAACUAUGAAGAGUUUGUACAGAUGAUGACCGCGAAGUGAAGGGCGGGCAGCGGCCGUGCCGGCCUGGACCUCCUCUCGCGCUCUGCCACCCCCGCGCCCGGUUCUCGCUAACACCAAUCGAUUGACUGAGAAUCUGAUAAAGCCACAAAAGAUUUGUCCCAAGCUGCAUGAAUGCUCUUUCUCCUUCCUCCGGGGUCUCCCUCCAUGCCCCCCUCUGCCUCUGUCCUUCCCCCACUCCCCGCGGCCUUCCUCCUCCAGCCAGGGUGCAAAGGUGAGGGGGCGCGCCCUGUCCCUGUGUCUCCGUUCGUUUGUCAUCUGAUUUGGGGUGCCGGGGUGGCUGCCAGGGGGGGACCCAGCCGUCACGCAGGCGCCAGAGCCUUGCCUGCUGCUGCCGCGUGCGGCCCCGAGGUAGGGGGCAUUGGCCACCGCCCGGUCUGGGGGCAGCGGGCCCAGGCAAGCGAGGGGACAGCACUCAGAACCCUGCGACUGCGCUUCUAUGACCACCCAGGGGUUUUCCUGGCGAUGGGCGGGGUGGCCACCCCACCUGUGGCCAUCCAGGCCUCGGCCCCACACUCCAGCUGUUCUCUCCUUACCUGGUGCUAAGUAAGCCCUGCUCUGCCCGCCGGCCGCAUCCCUGUCAGGGGCGGGGCUGGAUGCUCUGUACCGCGCCGCUCCCCCGCGUGUGUCUUCCCGCCCCCUCCCCCCCAGCCUGACUUGUGUCCAGCACCGCGCUGGGCCCGCUGAAGGGUGGGGAGAGGGACAGUGCACCCCACCAGGCUCUCUUGAGAACACCCCUGCAAUAAGCACCCCUCCCUGUCCUGCUGUCUCUGCCCCCUCCCCCGCCUGCCUGCCCCCACGCCGCGGAGAGCAUGAUGCAUCCGCUCGCUUGCUUCAGACUCUGCCUCUGGGACAAGUGUGUCGAUGUGGGCCCUUCAGCCUUCGUCCUUUUGGGUUCUUUUUCCUCCCCCCUUCAUUGCAUUCCCUCACACCCCCACACCCCAGAUCGUCGGUCGGUGGUUUUUCCUGGGCCUGCCCAGCUUUGGGGCUCCCCUCCUUCACCCUCAGGUACCCCCUGGGGCAGGGACCCGCCCCGGAGCUGAGGAAGGGCAGGUAGGCAUGAGGCUGUGGGCAUUCUCGGAGUGUUUCGUUUUGAAUUUUUUUUUUUUUUAAACCGGGCAAUAUCGUGUUCAGUUCAAGCUGUGAAGAAAAAUAUAUAUCACUGUUUUCCAAUAAAAUCCGUGACGGCC